ACUUCCUUCGUCUGAUUGGUUGCCCCAGCGACACGUUGGGCCAAGAGCGGUGUUGGGUACCAGAGAGACGGGAAGUCACUUCCUCCCGGAGACGCUGUUUCCUAGCAACCUCCCUCCGCCUCUGUUAUUAGUCCCUCCUCCUCGAUUGGUCCAGGACCUGCUCUGCCGGCGCUGCCAGGCCCAGGCAGGCCAAGCCACUAUCAGAAGUUGAAUUAUUCUAACCAUUAGCUAUUUUAUAAAGGUAAAGAGAUAAAAAUACAGUAUGUCUGAUGAAGUUUUUAGCACCACUUUGGCAUAUACAAAGAGUCCGAAAGUUACCAAAAGAACUACUUUCCAGGAUGAGCUAAUAAGAGCAAUUACAGCUCGCUCAGCCAGACAAAGGAGUUCUGAAUACUCAGAUGACUUUGACAGUGAUGAGAUUGUUUCCUUAGGUGAUUUUUCCGACACUUCAGCAGAUGAAAAUUCAGUUAAUAAAAAAAUGAAUGACUUUCAUAUAUCAGAUGAUGAAGAAAAGAAUCCUUCAAAACUAUCUUUUUUGAAAACCAAGAAACCAAACAGUAACAUAACCAAAGAUGAGCUAGUAUAUGCCAUCAAAAAUGAUGAGGAGACAGCACCUGAAGGGUGUGAAGACAUUGUUGUAAAGUCCUCUGAAUCUCAAAAUAAGGACGAGGAAUUUGAAAAAGACAAAAUAAAAAUGAAACCUAAACCCAGAGUUCGUUCAAUUAAAAGCACAUCUUCAGCGGAAAACAACAGCCUUGACACAGAUGAUCACUUUAAACCAUCACCUCGGCCAAGGACUAUGUUAAAAAAGAAUAGCCACAGAGAGGAGACAGAUGGACUAGAAGAUAAAGAAACUGCCCUCGGUGAAGAAUUGGAGUUACAUUCUUCACCCUCUUCCCUUCCAAUGCCGAAUGGCACACAAUUAGAAGCUGAGAAAAAAGCAUUCUCUGAAAACCUUGAUGCUGAGGAUUCAUGCUUAACAAGUCUAUCAUCGUCAUCUCUUAAACAAAUUCUUGGAGAUUCUUUUUCACCAGGAUCUGACGGAAAUGCAUCCAUAAAAGAUCCAAAUGAAGAAAUCACUGAAAACCAUAAUUCCUUGAAAUCAGAUGAAAAUGAAGAACAUUCGUUUUCAGCAGACCAUGUCACUACUGCAUUUGAGAAAUCCAAGGAAAGUCAGGUGACUGCUGAUGACCUUGAAGAAGAAAAGGAGAAAGCUGAACUGAAUAUGGAUGGUGACAGAACAGUUGAUCCACUGCUAUCUAAAUCUCAGAGUAUCUUAAUACCUGCUAGUUCAACGGUGUCUGCAAAGAAAACAAUUGAAGAUAGAAAUAUGAAGAAUAAAAAGUCAACAAAUAAUAGAGCAUCCAGUGCAUCUGCCAGAUUAAUGACCUCUGAGUUUCUGAAGAAAUCUAGUUCUAAAAGGAGAACUCCACCAACAACUCCCUCUUCUCACUAUUUAGGGACUUUAAAAGUCUUGGACCAAAAACCUUCACAGAAACAGAGCAUAGAAUCUGAUAGAGCAGAUAACAUAAGAGCAGCUGUUUAUCAGGAGUGGUUAGAAAAGAAAAAUGUGUAUUUACAUGAAAUGCACAGAAUAAAAAGAAUUGAAAGUGAAAACUUAAGGAUCCAAAAUGAACAGAAAAGAGCUGCUAAAAGAGAAGAAGCAUUAGCAUCAUUUGAGGCCUGGAAGGCUAUGAAAGAAAAGGAAGCAAAGAAAAUAGCCGCCAAAAAGAGGCUUGAAGAAAAAAACAAGAAGAAAACUGAAGAAGAAAAUGCUGUGAGGAAAGAAGAAGCACUACAGGCUUUUGAAAAAUGGAAAGAGAAAAAGAUGGAAUAUCUUAAAGAGAAAAACAGAAAGGAGAGAGAAUAUGAAAGAGCAAAGAAACAGAAAGAGGAGGAGACUGUUGCCGAGAAAAAGAAAGAUAAUUUAACUGCUGUUGAAAAAUGGAAUGAGAAGAAGGAAGCUUUUUUCAAGCAAAAGGAAAAGGAAAAAAUAAAUGAGAAAAGAAAAGAAGAACUGAAAAGAGCUGAGAAAAAAGAUAAGGAUAAACAAGCUAUUGAUGAAUAUGAAAAAUGGCUGGAAAAUAAGGAAAGGCAGGAAAGAAUUGAACGAAAACAAAAGAAACGUCAUUCCUUUCUUGAAAGUGAGGCACUUCCUCCAUGGAGCCCUCCAAGCAGAACCGUGUUUGCAAAAGGAUUUUGAUAAUUCUAGUUCUUACAUUAUUUAGUAAUUUAUCGAUUUGCCAAUAUUAGCCACAGAUUUAAAACCAUUCAAUUAUUUAUAGUUAGAGGAAUGUAUUUUACUUAAAUGCCAGGCACUUCUGCUGACAAAGAGAUAUUUUGGAGUGUAAUCAGUGAAAGCAUUUUUUGAACUGUAGAAAAACUGACUCAAAUGAAGACCUAAUAAUCAGAUUGCUUUUACCAUUAAGAUACAAAAUUUAAUCAUGUCCUGAUAAUUCUUAUAGUGGAAUGAUUCAUGAUCUUUUUCACUAAGCUCUGUAUGUUAUUUAAGUAUAUUUAAUUCCAGUAAUAAAAAGGAAACCAUCUAGGUACCAUAAUGAUAGAAAUGAUUCCGUUUGUGGAUGAUUGUGAAUCUAGAUUCAGGUUUUGAAAUGAGUGGUCGCUAGGAAGUAUGCAUGUAGUAUUCCUUCUGAAACUGAUGUUUAGCUCAAAGCAGUUGCAUUUGUACUGUACAAGUUAGAAUUUUGAUCAGCUGAGGCAGUAGUUCAGCAGAACUCUAAUCAUCAAAGCUUUUUAUUUAAGAACUUUGCCUUAUGUUUUAAUAUGAGUAUACUUUAUCUGUUCCAGGCUCAUGUGACAAUCGUAGGCACUAUAAUGAGUCCACCUCUGAAAUUUUUCUUUCUGAAUUCUAUCUCACUUUAUUAUUUCAGUGACACAAAAAGACAUUAAUGUCACAGAAGUGACAUACUUAUGUAUUAUGGAAAUUCCACAGGAGUUCAAGGUUAUCACUAUAAUUAUUUUCCAGACUAAAGCCAUAAAGGUGAUUUAGGCAAUUAUUGUAUUCUUAGCUAGUCCAGUUUUAUAGCUUAUAUUCAGAAGACAGCUGUAUGGGAAGGUAAAUAUGUUGACAAUGUCCACAAAACGUUUAUUUAUUUAUUUAUUUGAUCUCUGCAUGUUCUUGUAUUAAUUGGUCUCAUACUUGACAUGGUCAUCUAGUUUAACAUAGACCAAGUGUAUGCUCUUGGAGUUGAAAUGCAGCAUUAGUCAAUAAUGCAAUGCAGAGAUGAUAGAUGAGAAUACACAGUUACUAUUUAUUGAGAAUCUAAUAUAUAAUAUAUACUGGAUCUUUACAAAUGUAUUUAACAUCUUUAUAACAACUUUUCAGGGUAGGUGUUAUUAGCUUCACCUUACAGAUAAAAAUAGUGACACUCAAGAUAAAUCAAGUAACUUGCCAUUCCAUUUGGAGUAUGCCUGAAUUGGGAUCAAACAGGAUUCAGUCUGUCUUACUGAAUCUGCUUCUUUCUGGAAUCCCUGUGCUCUUUUUCACACUUCUGUGUGGCCUCAGAGACUGCUAAGUUCAGUCAAGACCUCUGCGUAUUAUCAACGUCACAAACACGUUUUAACAUUUAGAGCCUAAAAUCAGGUACUGUUAUCCAGAGAUGAUCUUUCUCUACCGAAAUAGCUGUUUUGUUGUUAGAGAUAGUGGGUGUCAUUAAAUCUAUAAAAUGGAAUAAAAAAUUCGUAAGAUUUAAGGAGUUACUUAGACAUCUUAUACCUACUAUCAGAAUAUCAGAAAACUCAGCACGUUAUGUGACAAAGGCUUUGAGAUGGUCACUCCAGACGUUCCACACACUGAGCAUCAGCCUUCUUGCUGCAGUGCAUGCACAAGACAAGAAAGAUGUCAUAAACGGCUUUGUAAGAUUGUAUCAGUACCAUAGACAAUUAAAAGAAAUUUCAUAGGUAAAACUAGAAGUCUUUUUAUAUGGCCAGAAGUAUAAUACUUUAUGAAAUUGAACUAGUUAUCAGCAAUCUGUAGUAUCAGCAUGGAAUUUAGGACAUCUCUUACUCAUUUCUGUAACCCCCAUAGUAUCAAACACAGUGCCUGCCAAAAUAGAUUAAGUGUUUAUUGUAUUAGCUAUUUAGACCUAAAAAGAUAUUUGCAAACUUCA